AUGUUCCACUUUUUCUCUCUCAUCGUCGUUGCCGUCGCCGCUGCCUCUGCCUCUGCUCAGACGUACACUGGUGGAGAGGCGACGUAUUACACUCAGGAUGGCAAUGCCGGAGCGUGCGGGCAGUUCAACUCCGAUAGUGCUCUGAUCGUAGCCGUCCAGGCCCGACGCUUCAACCUCGAACUCUGCGGCCGCCAGGUCCGCGUCACCAACACUAACACCGGCGCGAGUGUCGUUGCAACCGUUGAGGAUGAAUGUCCGACGUGCCAGAACAACCCCAACUCGCUUGAUCUGUCCGUCGCUGCCUUCGAGCAGAUCGCCACUCUCGACCAGGGCAUCGUGCCCAUUACCUACACUUACCUCUGA